UCCAAACAAUCAUCCAAGAUGAAGUACCUUUUCACAGUUGCUUUGAUCGCUCUGGCCAUCCAGUUGGUUGCCUCCACCGGCACUAGCACCACCAGCACCGAAUCCACAACAACAACAACAACCACCACCACAGAUUCAUCUGAUACCACUACAACCACCACAGACUCUUCCGACUCCGAUACCACAACCACCGAGAGGAAACACCGCAAGAAGCUUUGCUGGAGGGGCAACGACUGGUGCGGCACCUUCGUCCCCAAGAGGAGGAAGUGCAAGAACGGCAAGAAGAAUUGCCGCAGGGUGGUCGUCAGGGUGACCCGCAGGAAGACAGCCUAA